CGUGCAGGGGCAGACUCCUGUUCUACUGACCUGGGGACAGUUGGAGGGAGAUGUGGAGUAAGAUUCCCCCAUUGGCCUAGUCUCCUAUGAGGCUGUGAUAUGAGAGACCCUGGUGGGCAAAGGAGGCCUGAGCCCACCUCCCAUGGGCCCCUGCCACUGAGGCUGGGAGCUGUGCCAUCCCUAGCUCCUUGAAUGCCAACCUGCCUUGGCUUGGGAAUACCCUUGCUGAUGCAUUUACCAUGGGAAGGGGUGACUGUGCUCACCAGGGAGCUGAGGGCACUGGGGGGACGUGAGGGUUAGCUGCUGUGAAUGGUAUGGAGAGGCUGGCUUCUAGCUGUGCAGCUCUGCCCCUUCACUCCCUAUGGCUCUCAGCUUUGGAGCUGCAGCCCACUGAGAUAAGCUUCCUGGGGAGGGGGCUCCCAAGUUGCUCUGGGAGUGCUGGGCCCACAGGGCACACCUCAUCCCAACUCUGCCCCACCCACCCCCUGGAUUCCUAGGCCCUUGUCUGGGGAGGAUUCUCUUGUGUUAUUCCCGGGAGAGGUGAUGGCUGCCACCCUGCACUGGCCUAACCACUGUGGACCUUUGGGGAGGAGGCCCCUGGAGACCCGGCAGUGUCUUUCUCCUUCCUCUGUCGGGGAAGUGGAGGAAGGGCUGCUAACUGCCAAGGGAACAGUACCCUCCCUUUGCUAAGGCAUGACUGCAGAGGGCUACUGUCUAUAAGGAAUGCAGAGCGGGGCCAUGGCAAGCUGCGCCCAGUGUGAGGGGCACACAGCCCUCCCACCUCCUGGCCCCCGGCAUCUUCCCUACAGAGUUCUGUCCAGGGUGUGACCUCCCUGAAGGCUUCCCCCACCCGCAGUCACCCAGCCGUUGGCCAUCGGAGCGUCCUCUAGGCUUGUAAAGGGGAAAUAUUUAUAUAGGGUGUUUUGAGGGGUAAAAUUUUUUAAGACAUUUAAGACAUAUUUUUCUGUAGCUCUGAUUUCCCUGUGACUGGUGAAUUUCAUAUUCUGCAGUGAUAUUUCAAGGCAAAAGAGUUUUUACAUUGCUGUUUGCUCUCCUUUGGGGAGAAGGGGAAGUGGGACCAAGAAUGACAGACCCCGCCCCUGGGGCUUCCGCUAGCGAGAAACGGCCCGCACUUGCCAACGGUGCCCGGAGCUGCCGCCGACCCCGCAGGGUGUUUUCCACAGUCCCUAAGGCCGAAAAGGGGGCGGGGCGAGUCCGGGGGUGGUGCGGGGUAGACCGACGGGCUUUGCAGCGAGUCAGCGACGGGUGAAGGGCCAGGAGCCCGGCGGUGCGACUUCCGGUUCCGGCGGGGCACUGAGCUCUGGGAGGCUCGCUGCGAUGCCCCUGCACAGGGUCCCGGUGGGCCUGUGGAAGAAGCUCCGCUUGCGUGAAGGCAUCUGCUCCCGCCUUCCCUCGCAUUACUUGCGCUCCUUGGAGGAGGGACGGACGCCCACUCCCGUGCACUACCGGCCACACGGGGCUAAGUUCAAGAUCAACCCAAAGAACGGGCAACGGGAGCGCUUGGAGGACGUGCCCAUUCCCAUUUACUACCCUCCGGAGUCCCAGCUAGGGCUCUGGGGCGGCGAGGGCUGGAUUCUGGGUCACAGAUAUGUCAACAACGACAAGCUCUCCAAGAAGGUGAAGAAGGUGUGGAAGCCACAGCUGUUCCAGCGCGAGCUCUACAGUGAGAUCCUGGACACCAAGUUCACCGUGACCGUGACCAUGCGCACCCUGGACCUCAUCGAUGAGGCCUAUGGGUUUGACUUCUACAUCCUCAAGCACCUGGCCUCACGUGGAGCCUCCUGCCAGACCCCAAAGGAGGACCUGUGCUCCAAGUUCGGGAUGGACCUGAAACGAGGGAUGCUUCUGCGGCUCGCCCAACAGGAUCCCCAGCUGCACCCAGACGACCCUGACAGGAGGGCGGCCAUCUAUGACAAGUACAAGGCCUUUGUCAUUCCGGAGACAGAGGCUGAGUGGGUCGGUCUGACUCUCGACGAGGCUGUGGAGAAGCAGAGGCUGCUAGAGGAGAAGGACCCCGUCCCUCUGUUUAAGGUCUACGUGGAGGAGCUGAUCGAGCAGCUUCAGCAGCAGGCCCUGUCUGAGCCAGCAGUGAUGCAGAAGAGAGCCAGUGGGCAGUAACCACACAGAGGCCUGGGCCUCACAGUUGGGCUCAGCACCUCCACCCCCUUUGACACAAUGGACAGAGCCUGGGGCAGUGGUGGGGGCCACCAUGGGCAGUGGGUGAACCCAUUGUUGUGUGUGCUGGCCACGCAGCUCCCGGGUGGCAUGGGCUUUGUGGAGGCCCCCAGAGGCCUCUUGUCUCAGGAUCCCCAGAGGCCUGGGGCCCUCUCUCUGCCUCUGUGGUCUCCUCCCCUUCUCCCAUAGUGGAGGCCCUGCUGAGGCCGGUCACCACCCUUGGGGGACAGCGUAAGUAAAAUCUGAGCCAGGC